AUGUCAGGCCACGACAUGAGCGGGGAGUUUUCUUCUUCGCAGGGAGAGAACCAAAAGCAGACGCAGAAGCAGGAGCAAAACCAGAAUCAGCAACGCUAUCCAACACUCAAACUGAAUCUGAACCUGCAACUCGAAACCCCAUCACCAUCCGACAAAAAAGUCCUCCUUCAGCCAAAAAAAGUGUUGCAUCACCCCAACUUCUUUGCGACACUACACCACCUCUCCCGCCCCCUCUGCCCACUCGUCUCGAUAACCACCGGCAGGGCACACCCCUCCUUCCCACGCACAAUCCUGGCUUACCACCUCCUGACCUCCACUCAACUGGACGAUCUUGCGCGACACUACCAUCAGAUCUGGCCUCCCGUGCCAGAGACAUUCGGGUAUCCGAUCCGCGUACGCGCGUGGAUUGGCACGCCGGAGGAGAAAAGCGUCGAUAUUGAGACGAAACGCCGUCGAAUAGGGAGGUUUUUUGGGUUGAGGGGGUGUGAGAGUCCUGUCGCAGAGGGGUUUGAUGACGGCGCUGGUACUGGUACGGGUGCUGGUGAUGAUGAUGACGCCCGCGCUGUCGAAGAGCAGAUGGAGAAGGAAUGGCAGGAGGCGCUGCGCAGGGCGAGAUGUGAGAUUGAUCCUGAUGCUGAGGUUAGGAGGAAGGUGGGGGGUUAUUAA